AUGGCACCUCUUACCAAAAUACUCUCUAUUCUCACAGCAUCUACUCUCGUCACCUCCUCCAUAAUCCAAAUUCCAUCUACCACUUCCAAACCACACACCACCUCCGACGACGAUGACAACGACACUCCCCUCCCGCUCAUAAUCUGGCAUGGCCUCGGCGACAACUACGCAGCAGAAGGUCUCCAAUCCGUAGCCACCCUCGCCGAAGAGAUCAAUCCAGGAACACUAACCUACUUAAUCCGCCUCGGCGCUGACCCCUCCGCCGACCGCUCCGCGACGUUCUUCGGAAACACAACGCUGCAGAUAGAACAAGUAUGCGCCGACCUAGCCGCACAUCCCAUUCUCUCCACCGCACCCGCCGUUGACGCCCUAGGUUUCUCCCAGGGCGGCCAGUUACUACGCGGAUACAUAGAGCGGUGUAAUUUCCCGCCUGUACGAAGUCUCGUUACCUUUGGAAGUCAACAUAACGGGAUAUCCGAGUUCCAGAAGUGCGGAAGUAUGGAUUGGUUGUGCAAAGGAGCUGAGGGAUUACUGCGAUCAAACACCUGGUCGAGUUUCGUGCAGAGUCGAUUAGUACCCGCCCAGUACUUUAGAGAUCCGAUGCAAAUGGAGGACUACCUCCUAUAUUCCAAUUUCUUGGCCGAUAUAAACAAUGAGCGGGCUUUGAAGAACCAGACCUACAAGGAGAAUUUAGAGAAGUUGGAGAGGUUUGUCAUGUACCUUUUCGAAGACGAUGAGACUGUUAUUCCGAAGGAGACCGGGUGGUUUGCUGAGGUUAAUGGGACUGAGGUCACUCAGUUGAAAGACAGAGACAUUUAUACAGAAGACUGGAUUGGAUUGAAGACCCUAGAUAAGAAGGGGGCUUUGAAGUUUGAGCUUACUGAAGGAGGUCAUAUGAGUCUAAGUGAUGAGCUUCUUGAAGGUGUAUUCAAGAAGUAUUAUGGUCCUUAUGGAAGGAAAUUCGACACAGAGGGCGAGGAGGUUCUUAGCUAUUCUUGGCAGCAGGAUUUGUGA